AUGAUCAAUAUGUCCCAAACUUUCCAACAGUACUACCUACCCGAGAAAAAGGGAUUUGAUUCUUUGACAUUAAGAAACGUUCCCAAAGAACCCCCACAAUUUGGGCAAAUCCUCGUUCGAAUCAAGGCGGUGUCACUGAACUGGAGAGAUGGUAUUCUGGCCAUGGGCACGUACCCCUUUCCAGGACCUGACUCUUUGGUUCCAGGAAGUGACGGAGCAGGUAUUGUUGAAGAAGUCGGCCCAGGGGUCACGGAGUGGAAAGUUAACGACAGAGUGCUUGCCAACUUCACUCAGGACCAUACCGCAGGUCGGCUGACGCAUGAAAUCAGUCUGAGCCAACUUGGGGGUGAGAGUCAAGGACUACUAGGCGAAUACUUCAUCUUUCCAAAAACGGGAGUUGUGAAGAUUCCAGACUGUUUGUCGUUUGAAGAAGCGUCCUGCCUCCCAUGCGCAGGCCUGACGGCGUGGAAUGCCUUGUACGGGCUGAUCCCUAUUCGUCCCGGGCAAGUCGUUCUUCUUCAAGGCACUGGAGGUGUUUCGACUUUUGGACUGCAGAUCGCGCACGCGGCUGGCGCCAUAACUAUCGUCACGUCAUCUUCAGAUGAAAAGCUUGCCAAAGCGAAAGAACUUGGCGCCACCUAUACCAUAAACUACCGAUCCAAUCCAGAUUGGGCGGCAGAAGCGAAGAAAAUCACCAAGGACCAAGGCGUAGAUCAUAUCAUCGAGAUUGGGGGUACUCUAACGCUGCAAGCAUCGUUUGACGCCAUUGGGUUCAAUGGUUUGAUUCAUUGCAUUGGCCACAUCACGAAUCCAGAUCCGCUGGGAGCUGGUCGAGAAGUUCGGGGGCCGGAUGCCGCUUUCCUGGCCCUGGAUCGACACUGUAUUGUGCGAGGAGUCGUUGUAGGAUCUCGGGAACAACUACAAGACAUGCUUGCUUCUUUUGAAGCUAAUGGAAUCCAACCUGUCAUUGACCGUGUCUUUGAUUUCAACCAAACCCGAGAGGCUUAUGAUUACCUGUGGAGGGCAAACCACACGGGAAAGGUCGUGAUCCGCAUCCUUUAA